UAUAUUCACGGAAAGGAGGCUCAGUGUUUCUCAUUCAAAAGCUUACCUACUAAAUUAAUUAGGCUCAUUUGUAAGGUAAGAUAUGGAAGCAAGAACCAUGGAAUUUGAUCCUCAUCUGUAUUUUCAGGUGGGAAGGGAAACAAUCAGUGAGGGAAUGAAGCGUUUGCAGAAUUUAGCAAACUGGUACAACUCGACUCCAGAAAAGGCUGGAUUAUUUGAUGAAAUCAUCACCUAUCUUCAAUCUCUUCAACCACAAAUAAAGGAAAUUGAAUCUUUAGCGCAACGGGAAGAAGCACGUGUAUCAACAGACCUGCAUCAUGCGCAGGAAAUCACCCAAAUAAGAGAACAAAAUAAAGAGAUUGAAAUGGUGAUGAAUACAAAUGUGGAGAAUUCAUCAUGUUCUAAACGGAAAAGGCGGUCAAAGGUUUGGGAAGACUUCACAUACUCUGUAGGCAAAGAUGGGAAGGAAUGGGCUCAGUGUAAUCACUGUAAGGGAAAGUUUGUAGGAUCAAGUAAGAGCGGAACCACGCACCUCAAAAAUCAUUUGAACAGCUGCCCAGUUUUGAGAAAUCCAGGUGGAGAUGCUAAUAAAGCAAAAGAGAAAACAGUGAUUGAUCCAGAAAUAAAUGGCUCUGAUUUGGUGCGAAAGAUUAUUAAGUAUGGGCUAGAAGGCAUAAAGGAUGAGAUAGUUGAUGUUUACCAACAAGAGAAGGAUAAGCUUCGUGGAUAUUUAGAUAAACUCCCAUGUCCAUUUAACAUGACAAUUCAGGUUGCUCGCUAUGGCAGUUUGGUAAUGAAAAUCUGGUUUAUUGAUGAUAGUUGGGAGUUGAAAAAUUGGACUAUUUGUUUUGGACAUUACAAUGAUAGUUUACUUGAAAUUGUGAAGUCUUCGCUUGUGGAUUGGCACAUAGACAAAAAAAUUUCUGCGAUAGCAGUUAGAGCUUUUGAUGAGAAGAAAGAAGAGAAUAUUUGCAAUUGGUUGAAUGAACAAGGUUUACUUUCCUUCACUCCGAUUUGUCCUUCGAUUUCUUCUUUAUUCCAAAGAAUUCAUCGUUAUAUCCGUUUCGCUGCGUUCGGAAGCCAUUGGGAGAAAGCAGCUAUUUCAACUAAAUUGAAUAAGGUUUUGGACUGUCAGAAAGCGUUAAAUGAUUUGGGAGAUGAUGUCGGUAACUUCUUGAUCUAUCUUAGACAUAAAACCGCAAAUGAGUAUUUCCCGAUGAUAUGUCCGAUUUUUUCGAAAUUGGAUCAAUUGGAAAGAAGUGAUUAUAGUUACAUUUGUGAGACUGUAUCACAUUUCCGGAAAAAUAUUGAUAAACUUUGGAACGGUUCUAUGUUGGUUUUAGUGACUAGAGUAAUUUUGGAUCCACGAUUCAAAAAGGAUUUUAUUGUAAAAAAACUCUGUGAAGAGAUGUAUGAUAAUGAUGUAGGUGCACGCCUUAUCGGAAUCAUUGAUGAUGUUACAAACAUUUUCAACGAAUAUGUAAAGGAAACUAACAAUCCUAUGUCAUCAUUCUCUCAAGAGUCAGAACUCAACCGCUAUUAUAGUGAUUCCAAGUGUCCUUUAGAUGAAGGGUUGGAUAUACUACAAUGGUGGCGUGACAAAUCUUCAACUUAUCCAACAGUAGCUAGGAUGGCACGUGAUUUCUUAUCAAUACCUAUCUUUGUUAAUCAUGAAGACAAAGACAAAGAUGAAGAUGACGAUGAAGCUUUUCUUUGACAUUUUAGCAACAAAGAGAUAAGUAAUUACUAGUGCAGAAGAGUUUGUUCUGUAAAAACCUGUGCAGAGAGGUUGGUACAUCAAAAGAUAACACACCAUCAGGCUUUGGAUAUUGAAGAGGUAAGUGUAGCCGAGCAACCUGCAAAUGCAAAAAUGAAAAAAUACAUAAUAAUGCUUCACACUGCUGAGUCAUGUGAUCUAUGUGAGAGUACCACAAAAUAAAUGACAACCGAUUUCUACUGACUUAAUAUUGCAAACCUAAACUUUGAGAUUUGUGGUUUCUCGACAUGUAUGUUAAUGUGAAUUUGUAUUUUUGACAUAAUCAUGCU